AUGGUAUGUAGUAAAGUGGAACAAUGUUCAUGCGAUAUCCCAUGCUUACCGUACUCCCCUCGCAACGCUAUCAUUCUCGACACUUCCACAGCAAAAAACCCGGUCGAUUGGUAUCCAUGGGGUGAACAAGCCAUUCAAAAGGCCAAGACUGAGAACAAGCCCAUUUUCUUGAGUAUCGGUUAUAGUACAUGCCAUUGGUGUCACGUUAUGGAGCAUGAAUCCUUUGAGAAUGAAGAGACUGCCAAGUUUAUGAAUGAACACUUUGUCAACAUCAAAGUGGAUCGUGAGGAGAAUCCAGCAGUUGACAAGUUGUACAUGACAUACGUGCAAUUGCUCACGGGUCGCGGAGGUUGGCCACUUUCUGUAUUCUUGACACCCGAAUUGGAACCUUUCUUUGGUGGCACCUAUUUCCCUCCUGGUGAUCAAUAUGGCUCACCUGGUUUCCGCACCUUGUUGGCUCGUAUUUCUGAAAUUUGGGAAGCAGCCCCUGACAAGCUGAGAGAGGAUGCACAAGGAACAAUGGCACAAAUGAAGAAUUAUUUCGAGUCCAAAGUGUCCGGUGGUGAAGAUGCAGCCAAUGACUUGGAUCCCGAUACUUUGAUCAAGACUGCCUUUGAGCACUUUAAUUCAUCCUUUGAUGCUGAAUAUGGUGGCUUCACUCCCGCUCCCAAAUUCCCCACUCCCGUCCAACUUGGCUUCUUGUUCGAUUACUAUGGUUACUUUGCCAAGGAUGCAGUUCAUGGAGAGAAUGCGAAGCAAGCACUUGAUAUGGCUCUUUUCACUCUCAACAAAAUUGCAAUGGGUGGUAUCCAUGAUCAUGUUGGAAACGGUUUCCACAGAUACAGCACCGACAAAUUUUGGCACGUUCCCCACUUUGAAAAGAUGCUUUACGAUCAGGCACAGUUGCUCUCUGCAUACGUGACGGCGUACAAGGUUUCACGAGAUGAUGGUUAUGCAAACGUGGCUCGAGAUAUUAUCCAAUAUGUGGCUCGUGAUUUGCAGCAUCCUGCUGGUGGCUUCUAUUCAGCUGAAGACGCAGAUUCUUAUCCUGAGGACGAUCCUUCGAAGAAGAUUGAGGGAGCAUUCUAUGUUUGGGAAGAUGAGAAGCUCGAUGAGAUUUUGGAUCCCAAGGAAGCCAAGGUAUUCAAGCGUUAUUAUGGUGUGACCAAGAAUGGGAACGUGAAUCCUGCUCUCGAUCCUCAAGGCGAGCUGGAAGAUCAGAAUGUCCUCACCGAGGAAGUGCCAGUUCCAGAUGUGGCUAAGGAAUUCAACCUCCCAGCAAGUGAAGUAGAGGAGCUACUCAAGCAUGCCAAGGAGAAGUUAUGGAACUACAGAGAGGAAAAGCGAGCCAAACCCCAUUGCGAUGAUAAGAUUUUGACAUCUUGGAAUGGAUUGAUGAUUUCUGGUUUGGCAUUGGCUGCGCAAACAUUCAAAGACAAGCCUACUCUCGACCUCGCUAUCAAAGCUGCCGAUUUCAUCCACAAGGAAUUGUACGAUUCUCAAGCACACGUAUUGCGAAGAAGUUACAGGGAGGGCCCUUCCAAUAUCCCAGGAUGUUUGGAUGAUUACAGCUAUUUGAUUCAGGGUCUGUUACACCUGUACGAGGCUACUUUCGAUGAGAAAUGGGUCCAAUGGGCAUAUGAUUUGCAGCAAAAGCAGAAUGAGCUUUUCUACGACCAUGAAAAAGGUGGCUUCUACAACAUAUCACAAGAUGACAAGAGUAUCCCCAUUCGAAUCAAAGAUGAGCAAGAUGGUGCGGAGCCUUCAGCCAACUCUGUGACCUUGGGCAAUUUGGUGCGUCUUGGUACUUUGCUUGAGCAAGAAGAAUAUGUCAGCAUGGCUCGCAAGACCGUUGGAUCAUUCAGCACAAGCUUUAGCCGUUUCCCUUACGCCAUGCCAGCACUCCUAGGAUCGUUUAUGUUGAUGGUCAAUGGUAUCAAACAGAUCGUGUUGACUGGUCAUGAUGAAAAGGAGAUGGAGCCUUUCAUUCGAGUGGUAUCAGAAAACUUCAUGCCCAACAAGCUGGUCGCUCGUGCCAAGAAGGAUGGAAUCAUUGCCGAGAAGAAUCCUAUCAUUGCUCAGCUCAGCCUUGAACCCACAACACAAGCCUUUGUAUGCGAGAAUUUCAGUUGCGGAUUGCCUAUUCAAAGCGCCGAUCAGCUUCAAAAGAAGAUAGUAGACAAGCAAUAG